AUGGUGAACAAAAGGAUCCUCAUUCUAUUUCUGCUCGCUGUUCUGAUAUCUGCCCACAUUCAUCAUGAAAAUAAGCCAAAUCUAGCAAAGGAUGCUCAUAGUCAUGACCACGGGCAUGCACAUGACCAUUCUCACGGUCACUCUCAUGGUCACAGCCAUUCUCAUGAUCACGAUCACGACCAUUCUCAUUCACAUGAAGAUGAUUUAAUGCCUUCAUACUUCGAAGAAUAUAUUAAAAGCAAUCUCUAUUUGCACAGCGUGCUGAAAACUCUUGAUAGUCUUGGAAAAGUCAAUUCAUCGCUGAUCGCUUCUGUAUUUACCACAUUAGCAGCUAUUUUUGUGUUUAUUUUCAUUGGAAUAUUAAGAAGCUUAAACAUGCUAACAGAUGAAUUGCUUAGUUCUUUAAUGGGCUUUGCAUCUGGCGCAUUGUUAGGAGAUGUCGUAAUGCAUUUGCUUCCCAGCACUGAUUUGACUCAAAAAGCACAAUUAUUAAUUUUGUCAGGGAUGCUAGGAUUUUAUAUAUUGGAUAGACUGAUGGGACAUGAUCACGAUGAAAAAGAGCAUGGCAAAGACCACGGAAAAAAGCACAACUCAGUAUUACUUCUAUUAGCUGAUAUUCUCCACAACACUACAGAUGGCAUGGCAAUCGGUGCAAGCUUCUCUAUCAGCACUAUUUUAGGCGUAACCACCACAUUUGCAAUAUUUUUCCAUGAAAUCGCCCAUGAAGUUGGUGAUUUUAUCGCAUUUUUGAACUCUGGCUACUCUCUCAAAAAAAGUUUAUUUUUCAAUUUAUUAACAGGAGUCGGUUCACUAGCAGGCUCUUAUAUUGCCUCGAACUAUGGAAACUUAGAAGCUAUGGAACAAAUAGUCCUUCCUUUAGUUGUCGGAAAUUUCCUUUAUAUUGGGCUAGCGUCUAUGCUGGGUUCUCUUAAAGAUCAACACAACAAGUCCAACUUGAUCUGGGAAGUCAUUUUCUUCUGCAUUGGAGUAGGCUUAAUGAUAUGUAUGGAAGCGUUAGAAUAA